GCACUGCUAGCUCGUGACAUCUAAACGCACAUAGCGAGCGAAAAGACUGCACCGAUUGCUCGGCGCACUUCUGUUGCUUGUCGCUCCUUCUUUCCUUUGCUCAAACGUGUGCUUCCAUGCUCUCGUUUCUGGCUGGAUGCGUCUUCAAGGCGCUGACGGGCGGAGACUUGAGGGAGGACUUGAGCUGCAUGCUCAAUGCUCUGCCUGAGGCCCUCGGCGUGCCUCGCCUGUGCAAGGCUACUGCUAGCGACAUCCGCUCGCCAUGCUUCCCUUGCAAUGGACAGAAGGUCGUUCGGCGUCCACUUUGGGACCCGCGCGCCACGUUGGCUGCAGCUAGCCCCGCCCCCGUCCUCGAGGCCAUGAAGGAGUCUCCCACGCCGCCCGUGUCAAGCUCGGGCGACGACUGCACGACCGAUGGCAGCGCCGUCCCCUCCGCCUCCCCCUCCAACCCCACCUCCGCCUCCACCUCCAAGGCCCUCGUGCCCGCCGGCCCCGUCGUUGCCCCUGCUCCCUCCGCCUCCUGCCCGGCGAGCGAGGACGCGCCCGCGGCCACCUGCUGCGGCGAGGUCCAGGCCGAGUCCUCGAGUGGCGGCGAUGAGAACGACGACGUCAGCAGCUACAUGCAGGGGGAGGUGCGGCUGGUGGUGACGUUCGAGGACGGCUCCUUUCGCCGCUUCUCCAAGAGCGUCGUGGAGGAUUUCCGCAAGCUGCUGCUGGACGCGUUCGAGGAGCGUCACGGCCUCCAGUGCUGGCGGUCCGAGGGCAAGAUCGGCCGCGGCGGCUACGGCCUCGUGCACGUGGGGCUGUUGCAGCGGCCCGACGGCACCACACGGCCCGUCGCCGCCAAGCUGUUCCUGGGCGGACUCACCAAGGCCAAGGAGCAGCUGAACAGGGAGGUCGGCGCGGCGAUGCAGCUGCAGCAGGCCUGCGCCACCGCCUCUUCCUCCUCCUCUUCUUCCUCCUCGCCUGAACAGCCGUUGCCGCUGCUGGCGGCGGCUGAGCGGAGCCCGUUUGUGCGGCUGCUGUGCCACGGCGGCCGGCCCGGGCAGCUGCCCAUGAUGGUGAUGGAGCUGGCAAAGGGCUGCGUGGCUUCCGUACUGGAGGAUGCCACUGAAAAGCGCGACGAGAUCUGGGCUCAGAUGGAGGCCACACAGCAGCAGGCAGAUGCAGCCGCCGCCGCCAACACCGACGUCGCCAGCAUGCCUGACAACGUCACCAGGGCGCGGCCGGCGGCGCCGCCGGGCUCUGGCGUCCUGCCGGCCCCUCGGCCGCCGCCGCCGCCGCCCGGCUUUGAGCCCCUGCUGGCGGCCAGCCCUCGCCCGUGCCCGCCGCCGCCGGGCUUUCACGCACUGCCGGCGGCCCCUCGCCCCCCGCUGCCACCGCCUAUUGCUCUUUCACACAACUCGUGCAUUGGCUUCUCUUUCGGGUGUUUUUGGACAUUUAGGACCCUGUGCAUGGAUUGAUCUGUAUCUUGUAGACGCUGAGGCUUUAGGCUUUGGUCUGCUAGUGUUGAAUAAGGGCGGUGGGCGGUUGACAGACCGGCACGCAGGUGAACACAACACACAACUGACUAGGCGGGCAAAUGCCUGACGUGGCGUCACCAAAUCAAACGUCUUUGGCUCAUUGGCUACCGUUUACUUCGAGAUUGCUUUGACCUCCUUGUGUCAGCCAUUACGGUUUGUGCAAAGCGCUGGCUGCAUUGAUUCAGGCAGCUUGGCCGGAAGUACGGUACUAGAGGCGCCGGAGUGGGCAUGGAUCAUUAGACGUCGAGGACGGAUUGUAAACAUGCACACGGUUGCUUCAAGUGUGGGCGCAAACAGGCAAUCGCGCGUACUAUACAGCCGGUCUUGGUGGGCUCAGUGGCAAGUGCCGAUGUACACAGCGUGGAGCAGUCCGCGGCUCAGCCAUGUAAGAGGUCGGCUCAGCCGGAUGAGCCGACCAGGUGUCCGGAUGAGCCGACGGCCCAGUCGAUGAGCCCGGCAUCUCUGCGUGCUGAGCAGUUUACCGUACUCAUCAAGAUUGUCUGUACAGGACCACGCUGAGCGCCCACCGGAGCUUGCCCGGCUCAGCGCGAAGCCUUCGGGAACUGGGCGUGUCAUCCCUUUGGAUGUCUGAUGGGACAGGGUUCAGGCAGGUUGGCGAGGUCCCAUAGGGUGCAGCUGACGCCCAUACCCCAAGCAGACGUGUCAUCCCUUUGGAUGCAUAUGCUGCCAAACAUGGAACAUGCAGAGACGCGGGCGGCGAGAACGGGUUUGAUGACGAAACUUGACCACAGGAGGUAACGCCCGAGGGGGGGGGACAAGAGGGAGGCCACACCGCCCACACGCGCGCAUGCAGGUAAGCAUGCUGAGUUGCUGACAAAGUGACAAGCCCACGAGGCCCGGCCCUUGUACACCGUUGCUUGUGUUGCGUUGUUUCAAGCACGUCGGUAACCGUGCAUGCAGCGCAUGCAUGUGCACCAGUAGGCAGGCCCCGAUGACAAAGAGACGUGUUACUGG